UCCUCUUCCACUCUCCUGACUGCAACCCCCCCAGGGGCUGAGCUCCCCACCUGGGGGCACAGGCGCGGCUGGCCCACAGUCCAUCGCCUGCCAAGGGCCAAGAGCUGCUCUGACCACCUAAGGAUUCUACUUUUCAACCCAGGUGCCUUCAACUGACCCCUGCCUCCUGACCUCUGGUCAGCUGCCCUGCCCUACCCUUCCUAAGGGGCCAGGAGGCCCCUAGAAGCUCCACCAUAGACUUGGGUGUUGACACCUGGUUCACCUCAAUAGCAAAGGCUGCAAGAGGCUCAGUUCUCAGCCCCCAGCCUGGCUCACUAUGGCCCAGCGGCUCCAGGAUGAGCUGGCCGCUUUCUUCUUUGAGUAUGACACUCCCCGAAUGGUGCUCGUGCGCAACAAGAAGGUGGGCGUUGUCUUCCGCUUGAUCCAGUUCGUGGUUCUGGUCUACGUUAUUGGGUGGGUGUUUGUCUACGAGAAGGGCUAUCAGACUUCAAGUGGCCUCAUCAGCAGCGUGUCUGUGAAACUCAAGGGUCUAGCCGUGACACAGCUCCCAGGCCUGGGCUCCCAGGUCUGGGAUGUAGCUGACUACGUCUUCCCAGCCCAGGGGGACAGCUCCUUCGUGAUCAUGACCAAUUUCAUUGCGACCCUCCAGCAGGUUCAAGGCUACUGUGCGGAGCAUCCAGAAGGGGGUACAUGCAGAAAUGACAGUGGCUGCACUCCGGGGAAGGCAGAGAGGAAGGCACAAGGAAUCCGCACAGGCAAGUGCGUGGCCUUCAAUGACACUGUGCAGACAUGUGAGAUCUUUGGCUGGUGUCCCGUGGAGGUGGAUGACAAGGUCCCACGCCCUGCCCUUCUCCAAGAGGCCGAGAACUUCACUCUCUUCAUCAAGAACAGCAUCAGCUUUCCACGCUUCAAGGUCAACAGACGCAACCUGGUAGAAGAAGUUGAUGCAGCCUACAUGAAGACCUGCCUUUAUCACAAGAUCUUGCACCCACUGUGCCCUGUCUUCAAGCUCGGCUAUGUGGUGCAAGAGUCAGGACAGAAUUUCAGCACCCUGGCUGAGAAGGGCGGGGUGGUAGGCAUCACCAUUGACUGGAACUGUGACCUGGACUGGCAUGUGCAGUACUGCAAACCCAUCUACGAGUUCCAUGGACUGUACGAGGAGAAAAACCUGUCUCCAGGCUUCAAUUUCAGGUUUGCCAGACACUUUGUGGAAAAUGGGACCAAUCACCGGCACCUCUUCAAGGUGUUUGGGAUUCGCUUUGACAUUCUCGUGGAUGGCAAGGCUGGGAAGUUUGACAUCAUCCCCACAAUGACAACCAUUGGCUCUGGGAUUGGCAUCUUUGGAGUGGCCACAGUUCUCUGUGACCUGUUGCUGCUCCACAUCCUGCCCAAAAGGCACUACUACAAGCAGAAGAAGUUCAAGUAUGCGGAGCAAAUGGGGCCAGGGGCGGGUGAACAUGACCCCGCAGCCACCAGCUCCACCUUGGGCCUGCAGGAGAACAUGAAGACAUCCUGACCCUCAGCUCCAGACUCCUGACUGGACACAGCUUUGGUCAGGGGCCUUGGUGGGGUCCCAACCAGGACAGAGCGGUCUCCACAGGAGCUCUCCACCCUCUUAGCCAAGCAGACACUAGGUCUUGGCAGCUCAGAGUGGCCACUGGGAGAGACCUGUGCACAUCUGGGCUCUGGCCCCAACUCCACAAUCCCCAAAGGAGCUCUGCCCCAGCCUCGGCCACUCCUGGUCUAGAGGGACUGCAGCUGGGCAGGGCUCCUCUCUCGCUCUUCUAUUGGAGCUGUGUGCUUCUCUCUCUGGGCCUUCAUGCACCGCACGGCUUCGUGUCUCUAGAUCCAUGCUCUCCCAUAUGGCAGACACUAGCCACAAUGACCAUUUAAAUCAAUAUUAAUUUAAACUGAAUAAAACAAAAAAUUCAGCUCCUAAAACUAGCCACAUCACAACUGCUAAACAGACACAUGUGUCUAAUGGCUGCCAUAUUUGACUACAUAGAAUAUUACAGAAAGUUCGGUUGGACAGUUCGGAAGCAGAACUUCGGAAAGUUCUGCUUGAGCCCUCUUACUGGUGCCAGAUUUACCUAUGGAGCUUAUCAACAGUGCAGGCACCUGGGCCUACAUCAGACCUCAGAAUCUCUAGGGCAGGCCACAGAUAUGCAGCUAUGGCAAACUCCCUGGGCCAUUUUAAAGACUGAAAUUUCAGAACCACUCCUGAUUGGCCAUUGGAGGUAGCCUGGGCCUGCAUGAGCUGGCAGAUGCAGGUAUUGAGUAGGUGUGUGGUGUCCUUGCAGGCAUAUGGUGUCUCAUGUACACACCGCCCUGUGCACACUCAUCCUCAUGCACCACCACCCCCCCCAUCCACACUCAGGCCCUGCAAACACAACCAUCUGAAUAUACCAAUGCCCUCAAGUACAGAUGCAUGGUUCAUGCCACAACACCUCCAUAGGGAUAUGCUUCUCCUCAAGUGUGUCAGGCCAGGACAGUGCUUUCUAGCCACGAAUCCUUACUCAGCUACCUUGGGGUUGGUGCAGGGCCCUGGCCACACCCUGGGCUCCCUGCUUGUGGCCCAGCCUCGGCACCUCAAGCAUGCCCAAUUCUGUCUGACACAAGGUCUGGGGAACCUGAGUGAUGGAGUACAAUAAAAGGAAGGAG